AUGAGUGCCAGUUUAAAUAUCUUCUCCUCAGAUAUGUGGGGUGAUGUGAUUGCAGAAUUGCCAUUAAGUGCUGCACCCAUGGGCUCAUCCCUUGAUGUGGCCCAGUUCCAGGAUGAUGCUCAAGAGAUUAUACCUAAGCCAAGCAGCAAAUCCAUGAUACACAAGUUGGCGGACGUUCAUUUAAAGCCUGUAACAUUCUCGAAGCAGAGCACUGUCAAACUACAGAAAGUAUAUGAUUUGUGUAAUGAAAAAUACAUUACUCAGAAGAAGUAUAGAUCUCAUAAGAGUUAUGACUCGCAGCAAGACAGAGUAGAAAAGAAUCAUCAAACAGCAUAUGAGGGCGAGAGGAGGUUAGGGGAACCACAGUCGCUGGUGAACCAUUGGAUUCUUACAUAUCAGAAAUCACCUAAAUCCUUCCCACACCAGAACUACAAACUUCUCUCAUGCCAAAAUGUUGACACCUGUAUUGUAGAGCUCCAUGCAUUUCCGUAUGCGUAG